AUGGGGAAGAUCAUCUUCUACGAAGACAAGGACUAUGGUGGCCGUCACUUUGAAUGCAUUGGUGACUGCACAGACAUGCUCGGCCUUCUCAGCCGGUGUAACUCCAUCAAGGUGACAUGUGGAUGCUUCAUGAUCUAUGAGAAGCCCAACUACACUGGCCAACAGUACUACCUGUGUCGAGGAGAGUAUCCUGACUACAAUCGUUGGAUGGGCACAAAUGACAACAUCAACUCAUGCCAAAUCAUCUCCUCGGUGAGCUCUCACAACAUGCGCCUCUUUGAGAGAAUAGAGUAUGGUGGGCAGAUAAUGGAUCUGGUGGAUGACUGUCCCAGCGUCAUGGAUCGUUUCAACAUCAAUGACAUUUUCUCUUGCAAUGUGAAAGGAGGAAACUGGCUGUUCUACGAGCACCCAAACUACAGGGGGAGGAUGUACCUUAUAAAGCCUGGGUAUUACAGGAGAUUCAGCGAAUGGGGCGGCAGGAGUGCCAGAGUGGGUUCUAUUCGACGAAUCAUGGACUACUAA